UUAUGUAUUUUUUAACUUUGGCUUCCAAUGUUGCUGUUUUUCAGCAGUCAGUUCAUUGGGACGAUGCAAUCAUAGCGCAGGCCCAUGUAACAUAUUGUACUGCACUAUCCAAUAGCCAGACCCAUCGACCAAUAGGAUCGCAGGGUUUUACAAAUAAACAACAACAGAAAAUGACAGUUGGUGCCAGUCUGCGAUUGCUCUUCUAGAGUUGAGACCGGCUCCUUAUUUCUCUGCGAGAAGUGACUUUUUUGGACAGCGACCCCCAUCAAUUUCUACAGAUUUUGAGGAGAGGAGGAGAGUUCAGCAUCUGCCACCCAGGAGGAGCCGGAGAAGACGAUGGACCAGCCAAAGGAGGAGGAGACGGACGGCGAGCCCAAGAAGAAGAGGGAGCAGACGGACAACAACCGGAGGGAGACCACUGAUGACGCUAUCCUACAGCCGGAGGAACGGGCCGCUUUUUACAGACUCCUGGACGAAGGACACAUCCAGCUAUUUCUAGGCAGGGACAGCUGCUAUAAGAUCGCGGACAAGUAUCUCCUGGCCAUGGUCCUCAUCUACUUCCGAAGAGCCAACCUGCGUAAGGAGGAAUAUAACACCUACUUCUUUCCAGCGCUGUUUCUUGCCAACCAGUUUGAAGAGGAUGAGAUGUUUCGACGCGAGAUCUACCCCUGGGCCCUCGGACCGAUGUGGACGGCGAUGAAGACCUGGAUGCUACACCUGCGGAACCUGCUGCUCCUCCGGAUGAGAUUCCACGCUUGGGUAACCAGAGACACCUGUGAUCGGAUCAUGGCACAAGACCCCGAGUACUGGGCAUGGAAGAGAGAGCGGAAGGAACAUCACGGAUGGGCCAUACGCUGGUACCGGAGGGAUCCUGGAGAAUACAUCCCGAGAGGCCCAUGGUGGAUCCCUCCCGCCUGCUCCAUCUGUAUCACCGAUCUGCAGCCUUGUGCCGGGGAAGAGAACACCAAGCGAAGAAGGACGAAGAAAGAAGAACAGAACGGAUGAAGACCAAGCCGCCCCAGAUGUAUUCUUAAGGGCACGUUCCCACUUGGCAUAUAGGUAGCGUAUUUGACG